AUGGCUCCAACUCCAGCACCAACAGAACCAGAAGCAGUACAAGGACAAUCGCAACCAAUCUACACCCAAGGCCACUCCGCCCCCGUCCUAGCAUCUCACCUCUCACGCACCGUGUCCAAUUCUGCCGCCUUUCUCCUUCCCUACCUCUACCCCUGCCGCGGUAGCACUAGUUCCACCAGCACCGCUCCCGACGACAGUGUCAGCGCCAGAGCCGAAGUGAGACCCGCAGCCGCCAGCGAGCUGGAAGACACCUUCACCAUCGUCGACCUAGGCUGCGGCCCCGGGACCAUCACCGCCGGGUUCUGCGACUACCUUCCUUCACCAACACCACACCGGAGAAGCAAGGUGAUUGGGAUCGACGCCUCGGCCCAAGUCAUCAAGCAAGCACGACAAAAAUUCCCAGAGAGCGAGUAUCCGAGUCUGUCGUUUGUGGUGGGUGAUAUUUCUGCCGACAGGCUCCCGUUUGAUGACGACUCGGUGGAUGUCGUGUACACGCAUCAGACGUUGUUGCAUGUUUCUAAUCCGGAGCUGGUGCUCAGAGAGGUAUAUCGGAUACUGAAACCUGGGCAUGGCCAUGACAGAGGUGGAAUCCUCGCCAUGCGUGAAGCCGUCGGCAUGACGUUCCAGCCCGAAUCCGCCGGCACAAACCAGUACAUUUCAUGUCUGGACAGAGCGGUGCGCGCCACGGGGGCGUCUGGAUUUCUUGCCGGCCGAAGUCUGCAUUUGUGGGCGACUCGUGCGGGUUUCUCCAGGGACAAAAUGCAAGUCGGGGCGGGGGCGCAGUGCUAUGCCGGUCCCGGUCCGGAUAGCGAGGCGGCAUGGUGGGCUGGGGUGCAUGUCGCGAGACUUGAGGGUGAGAUUGGGGAAAAGUGGCUUGGUAUGCAGGUUGUGGAAACUCAAGAAGAGAUUAAACAGAUGAAGCGUGCGUUGAGGGAAUGGGGAGAUCGAGAUGAUGCUUGGGCUGCGGUGUGGCAGGGCGAAGUUCUUUGUUGGAAAUAG